AUGGAUUCAUUUUAUGUGGAUUAUCUUCUUGUUUCCAGCCAAGGAAAAAUUCAGAAUAUCAGGAUAAUUGAUGAUGGGCAAUGUUACGGGGCCCUCGUCACAUUUGUGGACACGAAAUCAGCGACCAAGGCCUUCGACUGCUCCUUAAAGCUACGCAAAACUAGUCUUAAACUACAAUACUGCGAGUCUUCUGGUCUUCCGUGUAAUACGUCUUCUUCGCAAAAAUCUGGAAGUUUUCAAAAGUCUGAUCAGCGACUCAGGUCUGAUUCUCCCUCAGAUUCAAAAAGUCUUGCUGGUGAGAUUGACACAGACAGCACUUCUUCGACUCCGUAUAGCUCAAACAGCUCGUCUCCGCAAAAUUUGUAUGAAAAAAAGAGACGUGAUCACCGGAAGUCCCACAGCUCACAGGACCGCCAUUCACACCGUGAUGCUCGCGGAACUCGUAGACAGGAGGGCCUUCGGGGGUUAAAGAUUACUCAGUUACCACUUAGGUCCUCGGAUACGAAUUUGCGUGAAGGCUUGUUUCAUGAAUACAAAAAGCACGGGAAAAUUACCUCACUCGUCAUCAAGGGUUCAGGGUCGAAUCGGUCAGCCCACAUCACCUUCAAACUCUGCGAAGAUGCCGAAAAGGCUUACGAACAUUCCAAGGGCAAGGUUUUCUUUGGUGUUUCAGUUCAUGCUGAGCUUGUUGACGGCCUUGAUAUUGAGGAUCCGGAUUUAUGUCCCCCUGAGCAUGCCAUGGAUGAAUAUCACCCCAAAGCGACCAAGACCCUUUUUGUGGGAAAUUUAUGUUCAUCAACGAUUACCCAGGAUGAGUUGCAGCGGGUUUUUCAGGCGUAUGGUGAUAUAAUUGAAAUCGAUAUAAAGACCCAAACUAAUCAACCUGGAACUUCAUAUGCGUUCGUCCAGUACACUGAUAUCAAGAGCGUUGUGAGGGCGCUUGGUGAUCAGGAAAGCAUAUUGAUUUCCGGAAAGCCCGUCAAACUUGGUUUUGGCAAAAGUCAGCCUUCAAAUGUCGUAUGGUUAGAUAAUCUUGCUCCAAACGUCACUGAAACCUACUUACUGCGACAGUUUGGGCGAUACGGACGUUUGAAAGAUGCUGUCGUUGAUUCUAAACUAUGUCGUGCACUUUUGUACUUCGAUACUGUUGAGGCAGCACAAAGAGCCCUAAAUGAAACGCGUAACCGCUCGUUACUUGGAAGGAAAGUCCAGAUUGACUACGCCACCUUGGAAUGCCAAGUCGCAUUUAUGGCGAAGUUUGGGACCUUCAAUAAUUUCUACGGAAAGUAUAGGGACAAGUUACGGGAAAUUGUUGAUGCCUAUUUGCCUUGUGGAGGCCUGAUGUCAUGUAUAGAUGAAAAUCGCGGAUCUCAAAGUAUUUAUAACAGAAGAACUAAGGAUUUAGCUUCCCUAAUUGGAUUAUCUGAAUCGUCGCGUUCCUGCAAAUAUGGAUACUUUCGAUCGUCACACCACUCAAAUUCUCGUGCUGAUUCUCCAGGUCGUGGACCUUUAUUUGCACGAACCUCACCUCCAAGGGAUUAUACUAACUUACCAGGAUCCAGCUUUCGUGGAUGUGGUGGUAUGCUGUCAGGACUUGUUGGAUUAUCCACAUAUAAGCACCAUUCAUGUGUUGGGGACUCACCCAGGGCUACUGCACCCAGUCGUUACGAUCGUUCGAGAUAUUCUCAGUGUCGAAAGUCUGUGGCACCUCUCUCUUCGUCCCUUGAUUGUUCUCGCAUGUCAAAUGGUGGAGGACCCUACCACAAUUCAUUGGGAUGUAACAAUGAAGAUAUUAGUCCGCACAGACAACAGCCGUGUUCCAACAGAAGAUGUCAUUACGAUGCAUCAACCUGCAGCGAGUCCUCUUCCGUUGAGCGCAAGCCUGACAAAAAGGAGUCUCGUUCACACAAACAGAGUUCAGAACGUUACCGAAGGACGUCAAGCAAAAAAAAGUCCUCUCACCACACCAGCGUUGAAAAUCAUCGCCAUCGGGACGAUCCAUCAUCGCCCCAAGGCGAUUCUAGUCGUCGACAUUUAAGGGAUUCAACGGUCUCGACUCCUGAGCAAUGCCAGUCAAAAUCUGGUGAUGGAAGCAACGAAUAUCGAGAUCGUAGUCGCAAUACCACCAAGCAUGGAAAUAAAGGCAAAGGGAUUGUUAGCAUGCCACGUUCCUCUGAACAGCGCAACAAGACAUCGGUCAUUUCCACAUGCUCAUCGAACAACGAAACCCUGACAAAGUUACAGCAGGAGAGGAUGGAAUUGUUAAUGAAGUUGUCCAUGCUACAAACAAAGUGUCGACCCGAAACUCCGAUCCCCGUGUCCUCUGAACAACCCCAGUGUAACGGGACAAAUGGGAGUUCGAUGCGGGAUUUGCCCUUGUCGGAGUCACAACCUGUUCGGGUCAAUAGUAUUUCCACGAACGCCUCAAGGGACUUCGGCGCAUCAGGCAGCUCAGGCAGUGCAGGCCAAAGUAGUAGCAGCGACCCUGGUGACGUCAUGUUUUCUCCUACUAUUGGUGGUCCUCUAACUGCCUCGGAUCGGUCAUCUCCACCGCAGCAACCACCACCUCCGCCACCUCCGCCACCUCCACCCCCUCCACCACCUCUCCGACUUUCGGUAGUGUCUGCAUCAUCACCAGGUCCACCUAGCUCUCCUCUUCAUGUCUCUUCGCUUGAGUCAAUCGCUUCUCCUCCUCCAUGGGACACGCAGUCUACAACAAUAGAAUCAGAUUUUCCACUCCUUGUCCCCAAAAGCCGUUCCCCUGUUCCCUAUCGUGAUCCCCGGAUCCUGCCGAUCUCUGCUCCGCCAUUUGCCACCAAACCGUCUGAUUUACAUAUUUCCCCCUCGCCGAAAAUGGCUCCACUCACUCGUAAAUUGUCUCAAGAUUCGGACUCUGAACAGGCGGAUGUUGCCUCUGCUGCAAUCGACUCUUCACUCGAGGAGCGGAUUCGACGGCUUGAUGCGAAGUUGUUGCACUCGGAGAAAAUUCGAUCCACUGUGGACUAUAGUAAAUUUCGUAUCCGCCGGAAAAGUGAUUUGAACACAACGACGAGCACCCCGUCCUCGUCGUCUCAAGUUACUGCUGCAAUUGCGGCUCCUGUGGUUCUCUCAGACGUAAAACUAUCUCCCAUGCGACUAUUGACGAGUCCAACGUCGCCUGACGUUGCCAUUUCUAUUACGUCUCCAGGAUUGAGACCUACUGAUACGUCGGAAUUUGUUAAGAGUAUGCUAUCUUCCAGUAGACCAUCCUCGUCAAUUACUUCUUCGUCGAAAAUUUCCUCCAUGGACUCUAUCGUUUCCUCAGUCUGUAACCUUGGUAUACCACCACCUCUUGCAGAGAAACCCACGCUUUUGAGUCCCAUUAUACGUUCCCCUCAUCAUACUUCUUCGCCCACCUGCAUUGGCAGAGAAAAAGUGAAAGUUGAACCAUUGUGUCGCUUGAAAUCGUCUGUUGUGGAUCCGCGGUGUUCAACAUCGGUGAAUGGGGCUUCUGUUGAAGGUUCUUCAACACUGUCGCCCUCUCCUGUAGUUAGUUGCAGCUUGUCACGUUCGCCGGGUAAAAAUAGCGAGAAAACACUAAAUUCGCCAGCAAUUAAGCCAAUUUUAAGGAAAGAUAAUUUAGCAGUGCCGACUUCUUCGACAUGCAAAUCAACUCAGCGGCUAAAGGAACCACAAAGCUGUGUGCAAAUGAAGGAUUUAUUUUCUCCACAAGCCACGCAGCAGAUGCAGCUAAUCAAGAAGAAAACCCAUCUACCGCAACCGUCAGCGGUAGCAGUCGACAAAGAACCAAUCCUUUCCGCAUUGUCUCCAUCCUCCACCAAGUCGCACGUAACAGUUGGGCCUGCUUGUACUAAGCGAAAGCUAUCUACCACAACUUUUCCGCACCCCCCGAAGUCCCCGAGGACGGCGAUGUCAGCAACAAAGUCAAAACAAAAUGAUGAAACAAGGACAAGCGCUAACGAUGGUCACUAUUCAAUGUUGUCCAAAGUAGCAUCUGAAACGAAGUUACUAGAGAAAACAUCACAACAGUCCAAUUCUCUUUCCUCAAAACCAAAGAAAGUGCGAGAAAUCCCUCUGGUGGAGGUUGAACAGUCCAUGAAGCCAUCACUAUCCUCCCCCUCAACUCAAUUUGACCGCGGUAAAAUUCAUUUUAAAAAGCUAUCCAAGCCAAAUUCCUCAGUUGACCGAAAAGUCCCGAUUCCUACGUCAAAGUCGAUAUCAAAUCCAUUAAAGUCAUCGUCGACUACUACCGAGGAUCGCUCACGUUCGAAGAAUGAUUCGGGCACAAAGAAAAAACGUCUAAAACGGAGGAAGCAAGCGAGUGAUGAAGAUGACUGGAAACCCCAAAAUCUCACGAAUGAGUCGGUCAUGGUUGACGAUAUGCUUACUGAGGGGGUGCUAUACGAAACGAUGUAUGAUAAGAUUAAAAGAAGGGGCAACAAGGAUGCUGCAAACGAGCGUCCAGAAGCCAAACCCGAGGCUCUAAAGUCCUUGCUUAAGUCGAGGCAGCACAAAGGGGCGAAUAAGAGGGAGCCAGUUUGUCAAGAAUCCAAGCAAAAUCCAGAUAUUGAAACGUCUUCGAAAGUUGCUGCACAUUCAGCUCAAAAUGAAUUGAAUGGGAGGCGAGGGAACAAGAAGCCGCCACUUCUUACACCUGAAUCACCUGAACAUACUAGUUCUGCAAAAUCAGUUAAAAAGUCGCGAUUAAAGCGGCCUGAUAGCGAAGGUGGUUCUAGCUCCGAGUCGGAUCUUCGUUCUGACAUUGAAGUUGCACCAAAAAAGCGUAAGAGGGUUUUGUCGCUUUUAAAAAGACGUCGAAAUGGCGGAGAGUCUAGAGGGGCUUUAACAGGCACUUCGAGCAAACCUAAGAAGUCUGCAGUGAAGCGUCGACUUGUUCGUGAAGUUCUUGCUUCUUUUUCCUCAACUGACGGUGCUAGUGAUCCCGAUCAUUCUCCGUCUGCAGGAGAUAAACCGCGGACAUUUUUUCCUGCUCCACGCCCCUCAACGCCCUCAGUUUCUUCAAUUGCGACAUCAACUCCUCGAAUUAGCAGGUCGUGUAGUCCGACUACUCACGAUGACCACACCGCUGACGAGCCCGAAGAGGCUACGACUGACGAACUACCUCUCCUGGAAAAACAAAUUGUUAGUGACAUAGAGGAUGGAGAAGUCCCGGAUGCGGAAAUCUGUGCUUCGCCACCUCCAGAACUACCGGUAACUGACGAAUUCAAGUCAGAAGAACGUGCACUGAAGGACGGUCCGCCGCUGGCACCUGAAGAGUUGGAUGUUAAGCCGGCUCGCUUAGGCAGUGGUGGCCUGAUUGUCACAUCCCCUUUAGUGAAGCCCGUGAAGUCAGAGGAGGUCGAUUUUGACGAAUCUGGUCUUGCCUUACUUUCAUCUGCCGCGGAGGCGGAGGCCAUAAAGCAGGAAGCAGAAGAGCUCCAGAAACCUGUCAUUCCUUUUCCUCCACAGGCACAAACACCUGCACAAUCCGUCGCUCUCCUAACUCCUGUUUCUGUCUUACCAACCUCCGCCGCAAAUCAACAGCAUAUCGCACUGGUCAUCAAUGCCGCCACCACAACCACAGCCACCUCUUCAGCUGAUUAUGAUGCGUCAUUUUCUGCGACACAACCUGCUUUUGUUUUGGCACCGCCAACCUUCUCACUUGUUUCUCCAGUUACUGUCGCGUCGGACAAUAAACCGAUUGCAUUAAAUCGGACGCAAGUUUCGCAGUCACCUGAUCACCAACAAGCGAUUGCCGUUGCCAAUUCUUCGUCGAACUUAACAGAGUACGUCCAGCAUAUAAUCGAGCGCGUAAAGCAAGAACAGGAUGAGGAAAACAUGCAAAGUAGAGAAAAGGUAAAACGAACCAAAAAGUCGGUCCAGCAGGCAAGUCCACCCGCUCCAAUGGGAACGACGAAUGUUCCUUUGACUCCCCAGCCUGCCAUGUUCUUGCCAAAGGCCCCACAAGUCGGACCAUCCCCUUCAUCUUCUGGAGACCCUUACGAACCAAACUUUGAUGAGCACGAAGUUGUCGAAACACUGCAGGUCUCAGCCAAAGACACUGUGGAUGAAGUGAUUAAUUCUGUGGUUCAUGGCGAUUUUGAAGAGGACGAGUAUGUGCAGCGUCUAGUAAAUGGGACCAUGAUCCUUCCUUCCCACAGCCCGGCGUCCAUUGCGAGUAGUUGUGGAAGUGAUUUGGCUCCUAUUCGACCUAGGCUUAAUUCUGCAUCUAAUGUGAAGCAGUCUCAACCGCAGCGAACAUCGACUCCUUUCCAGCAACAACCACUAAAUAUCGCUCCUGCUCCACAGAUUCCCUCUACUGCGUUGGAAUCAUCCGAGGAUAUCAGGCAGCUUGAUAAGGCGAUUUAUGUGUCAUUUCAGUCACCUGAGACCUCUCUCGUCUCACAAUCGUCAUCCAGCAACCAUACAGCUCAUCAGUUACCACAGCAAAAUGGAGCGGUAGAACCCACAUUGCCAAACCAGCGGCCACCUUUCAACGCCAACAUCCUCAGCCCGCUGCAUGUUUUGACUUUGGUUACUCCCAACGCGACUAAAACCGAGGCAGCUGCCCAGCAGAUAUCUCCACAGGCGCAGCCACCAUUGCAAGAGAUCGCAGUUCGCCUGGCAAACAAUUACCUCUCUUCGCUCUUCAGCCAGGCGCCGCAGGCAGUCGUGGACACUGUCGAUUCCGCCUCCAGUACUUCACCUACAACACCGGCGCCACCACCGCCACAAAGGAAGGCAGCUGAGUUCUACGCGGCUGCAACCAUGGCCGCUAUGGCUGCCAUGUCUCCGUCAGAAGUGGUUGCUCCUCCUGUCACAACUGUCAACCAGGCGUCCUUUUCUCCACCACCAUCACUAACCCCGGGCUACUGGUGGCUGAAUCCUCGGUUCCUGGAAGACAAGCUUCCGUUACAGUGGACAGGUUAUAUGACGUUGAAAAAUGACGAGGUAUCAGUUCGGAUGCUCUACUUGUCAGGCAAUCGUGAUUUGAUUCGCACCUGCUUGCAGUCUCUGGCCGGAGCCGGGGACGAGACGGCCGUGGUGCUGCGGAUAGCCCAGCGGAUGCGUCUCGAGAGCUCCCAACUGGAAGCGGUGCAGUGGAAACUGAGGGAGCCCUCCAACUAUUGCAUGUGCCUGGCGCUCGCUGCCGACAACCCCGUCAAUUCUCCCGGGUUCCUACAGGAGAACCUUUUCUCACAGAACAACAUGGUUUUACAGGAAAACUUCAUCAACUACCUGCAAGAGAAAACUGCUGCUGGUAUCAUUAGCUGUUUUUCACCUCAAGAGAAUCCUUUCGUCAUGCACAUAUUCCCACCGUGCGAGUUCGCUACGACUCAGUUGCGUCAAAUCUCGCCGGAACUGGAGCAGACGCUGGCCCAGAGCGCAAUGCCAUUUAUGCUUAUAGUUGUUCGAGGUUUAAAGCCGGGUCACCACCACCUCAGUAACCACGAGAACGCCUUUUACGCGCACGUGCGCGCUCGGGCACGCACGUCCUGCUGUCGCAGUCACGCGCGCAUCACGCACCGCCGCCUGGCGAUCGAUCGCAGUCGUGAUUGGUCGUCACCGCGUGACCUUGCUGCAGCCAGGCGCGUGGCAACGAAUCAAUGCGGACUUCGUGCGCGGCGUGUCUCCGUUCCUACCAAAAUCACCACCGCUAUCAUCAUCAUCAUCGUCAUUGCCCACACCGUCGUAACUGAGGCCGCGUAUUCAAAACCACCUUGUAAAUUUGUUCUUGUGAAGUUUUAG